AUGAUCCAUGAGAAUAUACCCUUACAGGCUAUAUUAUGCGCUAGUUUGUAUCCCAAUGUGGCAGCUAGUGAACACGGUAUUAUUGGAGCAGUUCUUAGCACCUUCAACCAGUCUUCUAACACUGCGAAUAGUGGUCGUACAAUUUGGUUUGGCGGAAGAAGAGAAGUUCGUAUCCAUCCUUUCAAUACCCCUUUCUCGGCUUCCUUGAAAAGGUUUGUUAAUGAGAGGGAACACAACAAUGCUUUUCAUUCACUUCAACCUCCAGCACUAGCAGCAUCUGAAGAUACCACUAGUGUAGAGGCAAGUGAGGCUCCUUCUCAAGCCGUUGCAAAUUCCAUUUCAUCUGAUGGAGCCACACGUUGUUCUAACUCAAAGUCUUCAUCUGCUUGGAAUGUGGAGAUAAUUGAGGUUGACGAAGAGGGUGCGGCAUAUGGUGAAGCACAAGGUUUACUUGUUGGCUAUUGUGGUAUAUUAGCAACUAAUGCACGUAUCUUUCCAAUUAGCUUUGAAAAGUGGUCAGGACAAGAAAAUAGUGGCAUGCCUAAGUCUUUCAAGGAUGAGUGCUUUGAUACAAUGAUAAAGCCCCACUUCCAUUUUACAAGCACAGAAAAGAUUGUCUACAGAUAUUGCAUUCAAAGUAUUGCAAAGAAGUGGGCAACAUAUAGGCAAAGAUUGUGGAAUGAAUUCUAUGAUCCAACCAUGAGAAGAGAAGCAUUGGUGAACAAUGUGCCCGAUGAUAUUCCAAGAGAUCAAUGGGCUUGCUUUGUCAAUUAUCGACUAAAACCAUCUACAGUUGAGCUUUGCAUGAAAAAUAAGGAAAAUCGAAGCAAGCAAACCAUUCCUCACACUUGUGGAUCUAAAUCCAGCUCUCGAAGGCGCUUGGAUCUUAUGAGAUUUGCAAGUGAUAUAGACAAGAGAAGGAAGAAAGUGAAGAACUGCUAA